UAAAACCCCAUUUCCUUAGGUUUUCACUUUCCUGGAAAACCAUUUAAAUCAAGAGAUCCCAAGUUAUCGCUUAAGUUUUUCUGGAUUUCUUCCAAACUGAUAUUAGGUUUCCAACAUGGAAGAACCGAGAGAUUCACCAAUUUGUAAUAGUAUCGAUAGAAUUAGCAAUUUGCCAGAAAACCUAAUUCACCACAUCUUGUCUUUCAUGGACAUGACACAAGUAGUUCAUACUUGUGUCUUGUCAAAGAGAUGGAAAAAUCUUUGGGCUAUUACCUCAAUUCUCAACUUGUUUUCACUUGCUAUCAGCAACAAAAACCAGAACUCCGCAGUACCAUUUCAAAAAUUCAUCAAAUUUGUAGACCAAAUUUUCAUUCUCCGUGACAACUCAAACAUUCAAAGUGUUAAUCUUGUUUGUGGCAAACAAAGGAACUUUGUCAUUGAUAUAUCGAUAAUGACUGCUUCUCUUACUACUUGGAUUGUCGCAGCUGUAAGAAGUAAUAUUCAAGAACUUUAUCUCGAUAUCGCUGCUGUGAAAAUAUCCAGGUUUCCUCAGUGUCUUUUUACUUGCACUUCAUUGAUCAAGUUGGAGUUGAAACUGGGUGGUAAUUCAAGUAUUAUCGUUCUACCCAGUUCUAUGGAUUUGCUUAGACUUACUUUUAUGAACCUUGAUUCACUUCCAUCUGAUGUUAACUUGACUAAUAGGCUCUUUUCAAAAUGUCCUGUUCUUGAAUCGUUGAUUAUUAAAGGUCGUCUUGGUCAUAUGGAUCUUCAAAUUUCUUCAUUAACACUUAAACACUUGACAAUGGUGGAUUUCGUUAGUAAAAGUAAAGUCAAGGUAGAUGCUCCGAAUCUCGUAUAUUUCAAGUGCAGAGAUUUUAUAUCGAAAUUGUACUUUCUAGAAAACCUUGUUUCUCUAGUUACUGCUGAUAUAUACAUGAGUGCUACGAAGGAUGAAGCUGGCAAAAUAGAAGACUAUACAAAAAAUCAUUGGUUGUUCCUGACUGCACUUUCUAAUGCGAAAGAAAUAAGAUUAUCAGAGUGGUUCUUGUGUUUGUGGGCCAGGGGUUUUUUUGCUGCUUCUUGCAAAAAUUCCCUUCAGUUUUCUAAUCUGCGACUCGUCAAGCUGAAAUCGUACUUGCCAAAAUACCUCAUUCGAGCACUAGGAUGGUUGCUCUGUAUUUCUCCUAAUGUAGAAAGUCUUUCAAUAGUGAAUCUAGGGAUGUCAAGUAAGGAUAUACCAGACAGUGAAGACUUUUUUGCUGGAGUACCGCUGGAUCAUCUUAGGUUUGUUGAAAUUCGAGGCCUUCUAGGACACUUUAAUGAGCUCAAACUUGUGGAGAUUAUUUUCAAGAAGGCUGUGGUCUUGGAGAAAAUGCUUCUUUUUAGUUGUAAGAAAUCCACAACGGGGAAGUGCCUAACUACAUUUGGUGAGAAGCUACUAACACUUCCAAGGGCGUCUUCAAAUAUCACAACCUUUUUGAUCUAAUCAGUAGGAGGUACUUUUAAAGGAGCUGCAGGUGGGAGUUUCAGAAUUCAUCAUCAGAAGAAGCAGAGGCAGUAACCUUGCUGCAGGCAGUGAAAUGGGCCAAAGAAAAAAGAUAUCAGGAAUCUGGUCAUUGAAGGUGAUUGUCAGUCAGCUGUAAACUACUUACAAGGCAAGAAAAACUCAAUCAAAUGGCAAUGCAUAGCAAUCUUAGAUGAAGCAAUGAAUUUGGCAAAACAAUUGGUCUCUUUUUUGGGUUUCCAGUUUGCAAACAGAAAAACAAAUGGAGCAGCAGCUGACCUUUUUGCAAUAAAAUGAAGUUUACUGUUAUGACAACCUGAGAAGAUGUUGCUCAUGCUUUUUAAUUUCUAGCCUAGUUUAUUAUUCAGUUAAGACUUUUGAUGUACAUAUUCAGAACAACCAUGUAUUUUCAGUUUUAGAAGAUGUUAAUCCCA